AAAUGAAAACUGGUUCCAAAGAUCGCAAACCUGGGUCCUGUAAAGCAGAGCCACGAAGAGAGAGAAUAAGAAUAGGAGAGAGAAAAGCAGCAUCUUCGUUGUGACUUCGACAAUAAGAGAGGGAUAAGAAAACCCAAUUCAAUUUCCCCCUACUUACUUUAAACCCUAAACCCUAAACCCUAAUAAUCAACCAUGAAUAAUAAUAAACCUUUUGAAUUUAAUUUAAAUUCUCCUGCAAUCAUUGCUCUUGGUCCUCUAUUUAAACUCACUCAAGUCUUCAUCUGGGAUGAUGGAUAUUCAAGCAAUAAGCGACAAUCUACAAUUCCCAAACACAUUAGAUUCAAGUACGAUGAUGACGAGGAUGCUGAUGACGACACUGGUGUUAAUAUAAGCCUCGUUAAUACAGAAGACAAUGUGAUAAUAAAGGAUGAGAUGAGCGCGCUUGGGCUCCCUCUUUCGUUCAAAACUAGCAAACAAAAGAGCAGGGGACAAACUAAGGGAAAAAGUAAAGCUGUAUCAGCUAAGAAUCAGCAUAAUCAGAAGAGGCCUGAUGAUCGAAUGCAGAAUUUGUGCGACGUGAGUAAAGAGAGUCCAUCUCGGGUAGAGUUCCCAGAAAAAUCAUGCAAUUUAUCUCUCUUUCCUUUGCCAGAUCAAUCUGAACAUUCUUGUUCUGGGUCCAAUGUCGCUGAUGAUAUUCUCAGAUUAUCCAAUAUUUGCAGAGAAGAAAAGCCUGCAGAUGGGGCUGCACAGAUUCUUGGUGAUGGGCUUGAAGAAUAUGUUCAUGACCUUGCACAUCGAAAUCAGUCGACCUUAACACUUAGUGAUAACUUAUUGGAGGCGGAUAUGCUUAUGGAGACUGAAAUUAUGUCUGUGGAUCAUGCGUCCAACUUCUCUGCAGCAAACUCAUGUUGUGAAAGCAAUGUACUUGAUGACCGUCUUGAGCACAACAAGAAAGCAAUGGUUAUCAGUUUAAUCGAACAGGCCAAUGCACAGGGCUCAAGGUUGGAUAGUGAUAUAAUGCAACCAGAGAACAUUGGGUCCACUAUCACUGUUGACCAGACAGACGUUACUGACUUGUCCAACGAGUCUCAGAAUAUGAUGGUUUUUGGCCAAGGUAAUGAUGACAGUGUGAGAUGUAGUAACGCUUCUGAUGGCUGGAGUGCUUACUGGGAUUCUUUCUACAUGAGAUAUUUUUAUUACAAUGCUAAGACCCAGGAAUCCACAUGGUACCCACCCCCUGGCAUGGAAGGCUUGGCAUCUGACGACGUUAGUUGCACAUUUAGUGGUUCUGAGGUGACUGAAACCAAUACCGGUCCUCUGUUUGAUCAAGGUGAAGCACAGUCAGAUAGAUGUGAGUUUGCUUCUGCUGGUUUAUCUUUUGCUUCUACAAUGCAUUCUGAUAGCACAUGUGAUAGGAACUUAAAGGAAUCCCUUGUGCUUGACAGGCAUUGUACUAUUGAGCAUAGUUAUCUUUGGGAGAAUGGAAAAGAGCUUGAAGCUUCUGAUGACAUGUGCAAUGGGCAUUUGAAUUCCGAAGAUUCUGAUUUAUUUGGCAGUCCUUGUCUGAAUGCUGAUAAAAGCUCUAAUAGCUGCUUAAGCAGCCGAAUCUGUACAGUUGAGGAAGCAGGAGAUGCUGCUUACAUCAGUGAUAUGCAUUUGGAUGAGAGAGAUACCAAAGCCGAUGAUAUUCAAAUGCAAGAUACACCUGCUGGUACAAAGAAAAAGACGAGAAGGAAAAAUCGAAGGAAGAAUUCGUUCAAUCAUAGCGAGGAUCAUGAUAUUCAAUGGGUUGAAGAAAGUUAUAAUAUAGAUAUAAUGAAAUAUUGGCGUCAAAGGUAUUAUCUAUUUUCCAGAUUUGAUGAUGGUAUUGAAAUGGACGACGAAGGCUGGUUUUCAGUCACUCCCGAAGCAAUAGCAAGACACCAAGCAUCACGUUCUGGUGGGGGCAUUAUUAUUGAUUGCUUCACUGGAGUUGGUGGCAAUGCCAUACAGUUUGCCAAGACAAGUCAACAUGUCAUUGCUAUUGAUAUUGAUUCGAAAAAAAUCGGUUAUGCACAUCAUAAUGCCUCCAUUUAUGGGGUUGCAGACAAUAUUGAUUUCAUUACGGGAGAUUCUCUUUCCUUGGUGUCAAAGCUGAAGGCUGAUACAGUCUUUAUGUCACCUCCUUGGGGAGGGCCUGAUUAUGUCAAGGUGAAGUCUUACGACAUAAAUAUGCUUCAGCCAUAUGAUGGGAAGCUUCUUUUUAACACUUUCAAGGAAAUCGCUUCGACGAUUAUCAUGUUCUUGCCUAGAAAUGUCAAUAUUGAGCAGCUGGCAGAAUUAUGUCUAUCGGCCAAUCCUCCAUGGUCACUCGAAGUCGAGAAGAAUUUCUUGAAUGAAGGCCUUAAGGCUGUCACUGCUUACUUCCGUAGGACCUCAGUAUCAAUAUGAAUGAUUCAUCAAGUUAAUAGUUUAAGAGGCCGAGGUUUGUAGGAGAGCUGAUUGUCUAAUCACGGGAAGUCCAGCCAAUUCUUUCAUGGGGUAAUGGUUCUCUCUUCUUAUGUAUUCUAUGGGUUGAUUGCACAAAACCAGAGGAUAUAAACUGUAAGUUUGAUUCAAGACUGUAUGAAAAGUUGGAAAGAAGAAAAAAUGUGUCGAAUUCAGUACUCCGGCAAGUACUUUGACCAUUUAUCCAGCUCUCUUCUGCUUGUUUCCGUUCUCUUAUCAGUUAUCACCAGGUAUUUGGUUGAUUGAGCAUUGCCCUUCUAAGCUCAGUUACAAAAAUUUAUCUGCUUUUAUGGUGAUGCUAUUCAUUUAGAAGAGGUCAGGACUACUUUAUAUUUGGGCAGCUUGUUGGGAUGGAAAACAUUGAUUCCUCAUUCCUGUAAAGUGGCUCUAAACUUACAGUUCCGAAUUUCCGAUACUCCAAAGAAAAUGAUGUGAUGCGAUUAUCGCAUAACAGUUGUCUUGUAAGAUACUGUCUAAUUUUAAUUUAAAAUUAGGCACGGUCCAAGUCCAAUAUUAAAGAGAACAGGCCACAUUUUUUUUUUUUAAUAUAAUGACUAGUUUAAUUUAUUUCGUGAUCA